CUCCUGAAGAUGCCCAGGAGAGGAGCCCUUCCUUUGGGGACGCUCCUGGUGCUGCUGCUGCUGGCAUUUGUCCCAUCCCCACUGGCAGGCUGCCUCCUGGAUCCCUGUUUGGAGAUCACCCCUAACACAACUUUCAGAUGCACUGGACUGAACAUCUCUGGAGUUCCUGAUGGAGUCCCAAACACCACCCUGAACCUGGACCUCAGUUUCAGCAAUCUGAACUCACUGGGCUCAAAUUAUUUUGCAUCAGUCCCUGAGCUGCAGUUUCUGGAUCUUUCAAGGUGCCACAUCCAUACAAUAGAAGAUAACUCCUUUCUGGAUCUCCCUAGCCUUUCCACCUUGGUUUUAACUGCCAAUUCCUUCCAGCACCUGGGGAAAGCAGCUUUCCAUGGCUUAACAUCUCUGAAAAAACUGGUUCUGGUGGAAACCAACAGGACCUCUCUGUCUGAGCUGCCUAUUGGCCACUUGCAUACUCUGCAGGAGCUGAAUUUAGGCCACAACAGCAUUACUUCAUUGAAGCUUCCCAAGUAUUUCACCAACAUGACCUCCCUCAGGCACCUGAGCUUCUUCUCUAACAGGAUCACAUCUAUCUCCAGAGGAGACCUUGAUGCCCUGAGGGAAGGGAACAGGCUCAACCUCACUCUGGUGCUUUCCUUGAACAAUAUAAAAUCCAUAGAGCCGGGGGCCUUUGCAGGGAUCCACCUUGCUGAGCUGGCUCUCAGGUCUGCUUUUGAGAGCUCCAUGAUGCAAACCUCUCUGCAAGGCCUGGCUGGUUUGCAGGUCAGCAGACUCAUAGUUGGGGUGUUCAGUGACCAUGACAGAGAGCAGGACUUUGAGAGGGGGCUCUUGGAUGGACUGUGCCAGGUGCAGAUGGAAGAGUUUGUCCUGAUCUGCCUCGGGGACUUUGAGGAUGACACAGACACUCUCUUUGACUGCGUGGGCAACGUCUCCACUAUUCGCUUGGUGGACCUGGGACUUGAGCAGAUAUCACAGGUUCCCGUGGGGUCUAAAGUGAAGCAACUGGAAUGCAAGAAAUGUGGUUUUGAUGAUGUGCCUGCCCUGAAGCUGUCGCUUUUCAAGGAGCUGAGAGUGCUUCGUAUUACCAAGAACAGAAGUCUCAAAACCUUCGAGCAGAAGUUUGAGGGUCUCAGUAACCUGGAGGUCAUAGAUCUGAGUGAGAAUAGACUCACCUUCAGCAGAUGCUGUUCCCCUCAGUUUCGAAAUUGUCCAAAUUUGAAACAUUUGAACUUAAGCUUCAAUUCUUACAUCAGAUUGACUGGAGAUUUCAAUAAUGUGGAGAAUUUGUUAUAUUUGGACUUUCAGCACACAACCUUAUUUGGUCCUGGCUCCUACCCUGUCUUUCUGUCCCUUCAGAGACUGAUUUACCUUGAUAUUUCCCACACCAAAACCGAAGUUAAAUCCCAGUGUACAUUUUGUGGCUUGAACUCUUUGCAAGUGCUCAAGAUGGCAGGAAACUCCUUUGCAGACAAUAAGCUGGCAAACAACUUCAAAAACCUAAGUCACCUGCACACCUUGGAUAUUUCAAGCUGCAAAUUAGAACACGUGGAUCAAAGUACUUUUGAUGCCCUCUCUGAGCUAAAAGAGCUAAACAUCAGCAACAAUAAGCUCCUGACUUUUGAUCCCGGAGUCUACCAGCCACUCCAAGCCCUCAGAGUCCUGGAUUUCAGCAGAAACCAGCUGACUGUUCUGUUGGACUCAGCCAGAGAAAUCCUGCCUGACAGCCUGCUCCUGCUGGAUAUCUCUCAGAACCUGUUUGAUUGCUCCUGUGUGUACCUGGACUUUCUGAUGUGGAUCAAGGAGAAUCAGGAGCUGCUGCAGAACAAGGAGCUGAUGCUGUGCCACACUCCCUCGUACGUGGCCAACAUCAGCCUGCCAAGCUUUGAUCUGUCCUCCUGCCACGUCGAUGCAGGCAAAGUUGCCUCCUCGGUGGUUGUGCUGCUCUGUGUUGUGGUGAUCCUCUUGCUGGUUUACAGGUACUACUUCCAGCUCUACUACUCCGUGGUGCUGCUCAGUGGCUGCAAACACUACGCAGAAAGAGGCGACACCUACGACGCCUUUGUCAUCCACUCCAGCAAAGACCAGGAAUGGGUGACAAAGGAGCUGGUGGAACCCCUGGAAGGAGGAAGACCUCCCUUCCACCUGUGUCUGUACUACAGGGACUUCCUGCCAGGGGUGCCCAUUGUCACCAAUAUCAUCCAGGAGGGGUUUCUCAGCAGCAGGAACGUCAUCGCAGUCAUCUCCGCUGACUUCCUGGAGAGCAAGUGGUGCAGCUUUGAGUUUGACAUUGCCCAGUCCUGGCAGCUGGUGGAGGGCAAGGCUGGCAUCAUCAUGAUCGUGCUGGAGGAUGUGAACAAGGACCUGCUGAGGCAGAGGCUGGGGCUGUCUCGGUACCUGAGGAGGAACACCUACCUGGAGUGGAAAGACAACGAGAUAAGCAAGCACAUCUUCUGGAGGCAGCUGACAGGAGUGCUGAUGGAAGGCAAAAAUUGGAAUCAUGAGGAGGCAAAACUCAUGUGA